AUGGCACUCAGAACUCCGAGUUUACUAACAAUGGUCCGAGCUGAGGCCGCAAAUUUUAAUGGUCUACCUCCUCCUCGCUCUUCCAACUCAGUGCCUCAUCUCUCAUUCACGAAGCCAUCUUGGGUUGUGAGGACAGAGUCAAAUGUUCGGAAGAAAAGAAGAAAGAAGCCAGAUCCUCCUUGUGUAGUCUGUGAGGGGAGUGGAAGGGUUGAUUGUCACCAGUGUCAUGGAAAAGGGAGGACAAACAAUGUUGAUUCAGAAAUGCUCCCAAAAGGUGAAUGGCCAAAAUGGUGUAGGACUUGUGGUGGAAGUGGCCUUGAUUACUGCUCCCGCUGCCUUGGGACUGGAGAAUAUAGAUAUAUUAUGGGCUUCCAUUUCAUGAAAAAGGACGAAAUUCAAUCCUAA